AUGGAAGAAGAACGCAAGCCAGGUUGUCAGCUAAGGAGACGACGCUGUUUCGCCAAUCCCAAUAUGGCGUUGCACUUCGACACUGGUUAUGCCAUCACCGAAGGUUGCAGCAGUAGUCAAGGCACUCCUUCACCCAGUUAUGUUAAGCUGACGCCCAGCACAGCGCCGAGUUCCGCCAGGCUUUUACAAGAAUUCAAGAAUAGGCAACAGUCAUUUGAUAUUCAGGUAGAGGACUGCGAAGAAAUCGAAAUAAUAAUAGAAAGCGAUGAGGAAGGCGCCGACGACGGUGAGGAUAACGCAAGCGCAGUAACGCCGAACCGACCCGUCACGCCCACGCCAGUGCAAGACUUCGGCACCAGCGUCGUAUAUACGGAAGGACCACAAGCAUCUGACUUUUUGAAAGUCAAAGUAAUAGAACAAGAUUGCUACACCGACGUAUCCGACGCAGGUUCUGAAGACGAAGAUGAUGUAGAAGAUAUAGAUGAUGUACCAGAAAAAUUAGAUAAUUAAAAAUCUAAGACAAACCUAUAAAAUAAUAUAUUUUUACACUCGGGAAUUCGUAGUGGAAACUGACUUGUGAAUAGGAAACUGGUUCUCUAUGAUGAUCGUAACUUACUCGUUACUAACUGCUAUUGUAACAUCAACUGAGGUAGUUCUUAUAUGAAAAUCUGUCAAAAUUGACAUCACAAAAUGGAUUUCGCGCCGAGCACGAUUUCAAUGAGCAUCAGAUAGUAACGAUAUAUGUUUGACACACGUUUGACAGCUACAGUAUGACGAUCGCAAUCUGACUGGCCGCCAUUCAGUAUUGACUAGAUAGCACACAGUACAGUAACUAUAACAGUAACUGCGAUUUUCGCAAUGUGAUCCACGUUAGCCUCCCCAGAUAAGAUCUUAAAAGUAGGUAAAUGUGAGUUGUGCCCUAAAAGAGUAGGUACUGUCGUUGUAACUCAAUUAGUUAUGUAAAACAUGAAAAGACAUAUUGUUACAAACAAGAGAAUUAGGACACAUAAGCUACGGAAAUCUUAUAAUUUACUUAGCAGAUUAAAAUUAGCAUGUUUCGCCUACAGAGCUUUAUACGUAUCAAUCGUUGACGUAUGAUGUACUAGUCAUAUUAAUGUAAUGUUAUUGUAAUUUAACCAUCCUAAAGAUCAAUAAAUUUCAUUUAUAUA